CUGGUGGACUUUUGUGGGAGGUUUCGGAACUUCGGGCAUUACAUUUGGAGGUUCCACCGAGAUCUCCUCCGAGCCCACCAGACUUCUGGUCAACGGGUCGUAUCUGAUUCCGAUCGGUAAGUAAGCCGGCUCUAACGUUCUUCCUUUUCUCUCUGAUCUGUGUUUCUUCUCUGGAGAACCGGUUCUGUCUGGAAGCUGGUGUGACCCUGGCGGACGCGCUAUAGGGCACCCAGCCGGUGUCAGUUGGAGACGUCCACUGACUGGAUCUGGGGGCCUUCUUGGCCCAUCUGGGGGCCUUCUUGGCCCGUCUGGGGACCUUCUUGGCCCGUCUGGGGGCCUUCUUGGCCCGUCUGGGGGCCUUCUUGGCCCGUCUGGGGGCCUUCUUGGUCCGUCUGGGGGCCUUCUUGGCCCGUCUGGGGGCCUUCUUGGCCCAUCUGGGGACCUUCUUGGUCCGUCUGGGGACCUUCUUGGUCCGUCUGGGGGCCUUCUUGGCCCGUCUGGGGACCUUCUUGGUCCAUCUGGGGGCCUUCUUGGCCCAUCUGGGGACCUUCUUGGUCCAUCUGGGGACCUUCUUGGUCCAUCGGGGGCCUUUUUUGGCCCAUCGGGAUUCUUUUCUGUGGGCUGCUUACGCCCAACGCGCCUGCGAACUAAAUACUUUCAUUUUCUCUAUGAACUUCCAGAGUGCUAAGAAAUAUCUCUAGGCGUCUAAAAGAAAAAACCAUCUAGGCAUGCCAAUUGUUAUCCGUAUUUUGAUGUGAUGUGUGUCUGUGUGUCUGUCUGUUAAAUCGACUGGAAUGAUUGUUGGGAGUCAGGGGCACGCGCCUGACUUCCCCUAUGUGUAGUCCCACAGCAUAAGCUACGGGAUUCGAGUGGGCUCUAACCCGACUUCCGCGGUGAUCCUCAUACGGCUUAAGGCGGUCAAAAUUUAUUUUGAUCCAAGCAGGGGGUUUAUACCUGCCCGCCCAUGCUAAGAGGCACCUAAGUUCCCGCGAGGGACGCGGACGGGCGAGUACGCGAGUGCUUCUAUGUCAGUCUAAAUGUAUUGUCACCCCUGGGCCCUUGUAAUUACUGCCGUCCUAGCCAUAACCCUUUCUGUUCGGCUGGCCGAGACCAGAAAGUUGGAACCACUGCGAAAGAUUCUUGUUAGUUCUUGUUUUUCUUUCAUGGGUCGGAUGUUUUAUUGGAAUUAAGUGUUUUAUCGGCUGAUCAGAAUUAAUUAUUCCAUCCUUUGUUCCUCUCUCCUCCUUCCUCAGCUCCCUGCGGCUUUCCCUCCCACCCCCUGGCCAGCGGCGCCCCCUCCCCCACGUCCGUGCUGCCCGCGCCCCCUUCUCUUCUCCUCUUCCUCAGAAUCAUAACAUGGGCCAAACGCAGAGCACCCCUCUCUCCCUCCUUCUCGCCAACUUCAGGGACGUAAAAGCUAGAGGACACAACUUAAGCCUAGACAUUCGCAAAAGGAAGUUGAUCACCUAUUGCCACUCUGAAUGGCCCACCUUUGGGGUCAAUUGGCCUACAGAGGGAACCUUCUGCCUCCCUGUGGUCCUUAAAAUAAAAUCAAAAAUUUUCCUACCAGGGAAAGAAGGUCACUCGGAUCAGAUUCCCUAUAUUCUGGUGUGGCAAGAUUUAGUAGAAAACCCACCUCCCUGGAUGGCCUCUUUCUUAACAACAGGGCCAUGCAGAAUUCUAGCGGCUAAACCUAUCAACCCUCCCAAGCCGCCAACUCCAACUGCACCCCCUGUUCUCCCCGACAGCCAAGAUUUACUUUCCCUUGGCCCACCCCCUUACCAGGUUCCCCCUCUUAUUCCGCAAGCUGCUCCUAUCCCUGCCGCGCCGGCAGAGCCUCCCGUAGCUCAGCCCAUAGAAAGAUUAGAAGAUAGGGAGGCUCAACCCGCGCCCAUGCCUAGAGGGGACGAAGUCCAAAGUCCGGCUGGACAUACCCGUAGGCGGGCCCCUCAUGAGCCAGGACUCCGCCUUCCUGACUCCACCGUAGCUUUACCCUUACGGGAAACAGGGCCUCCCGAUGAUACGGGGAACCCCCGACUUCAAUACUGGCCCUUCUCUACCAGUGACCUAUAUAACUGGAAAACCCAGAAUGCCCAAUUUUCUGACAACCCUAAAGAUUUAAUAAGUCUCUUAGACAGCGUUAUGUUUACCCACCAACCCACCUGGGAUGAUUGUCAGCAGCUCCUCCGAAUCCUGUUCACUGAGGAGCGAGAAAGAAUUCAAUUGGAAGCAAGAAAGCUGGUUCCUGGAGACGAUUGCCAACCCACUGCUAACCUUGAUCUCAUUAAUGCAGCUUUUCCCUUGACCCGACCCCCACAGGAUGGCUGGGACUACAACACGGCAGAAGGUAGGGGACGGCUGCGCAUUUAUCGCCAGACUCUAAUGGCGGGUCUCCGGGCUGCUGCACGCAAGCCCACUAAUUUGGCAAAAGUGUAUUCAGUAAUACAAGGUAAGACAGAGAGCCCUGCUACUUAUUUAGAAAGACUGAUGAAAACCUUCAGACAGUAUACCCCCAUGGACCCCGAGGCCCCCUAA